CUGUUAAUGAUUUGCCUUUGGGUUGUUUGCAACCUGUGAGGAUGGCAUUGGCAAGAGACCGUCUGUUUCAGUUUUUCAAGAGAGCCAGGGGUUACGCUUGAGUUUGAGGCUGGUGUAUGGGAGACUGUUCCAGCCUCUUUUUGGGGGUGGUAUGUUAACAAGAUUUCCCAUUCAGCCCAGUGAUUUUUUGUUGGCACUGCUUACAAUUUCUCCUGGUCCCUGCGCAUCGUGACAAAAGUCACAUUUUCACAGGAGAUGGCUGCGAAGCAUGUCCAAUAUAAGGGGAUAAAGUUUCCCCCUGGAUACAAUUCUGUGGACAGCCUUUGUUUCGCUGAGAAUGAAUUUCAAGUGCGAGAUGAUGAUAUCUUCAACGUCACUUACCCUAAGUCUGGUAGGACAAAGAGAUACGGGACAGUCUGGAUGAUUGAGAUUCUGAGCCUGAUCCUCAGUGGUGGGAACCCAGCCUGGAAUCAGACUGUGCUCAAUUCCCUUCGUUCUCCUUGGUUCACCACUCAGUUGGGCCUAGAGACAGCGCACAACCUCCCAUCUCCACGUCUGCUCACUUGCCAUCUUCCCAUUCAGAUCUUUCCCAAAGCCUUCUUCAGCUCCAAAGCCAAGGUGGUAUACACGAUGCGGGACCCGCGGGAUGUGCUAGUUUCCUACUAUCAUUUCUCUAAGAUGUGCAUCCCAUUUGGAGAUCCCAAGUCCUUUAACCACUUCCUGGAAAGAUUUUUGAGUGGGGAUGUGCCCUUUGGAUCCUGGUUUGACCACAUCACAGGGUGGAUGAAGCUGAAAGGAAAAAGUAACAUCUUCUUCAUCAGCUAUGAACAGCUGCAGCAGGACCUGUGUGGGAGUGUCAAGCGUCUCUCCCAUUUUCUAGGAAAGGAGCUGGAUGAGGCAGCCAUCUCCUCAGUAGUGGAAAACACCUCCUUUGAAGCCAUGAGAAAGAACAACAUGUGUAACUCAACAUUGCUUCCUAAGGAGUUUAUGGAUCAAGAGAAGGGGACCUUCCUGAGGAAGGGGAUCUGUGGAGACUGGAAGACUCAUUUCACUGUGACACAGUCUGAAUACUUUAACAAGGUUUACCAAGAAAAGAUGCAGGACCUGAAGGAAAUCUUCCCUUGGGAACAAACUGGAGAUCAAAAGAGGACUUAAUUUCUGAACGAAAAAAAAUUGGAAGAGCUCAAGCAUACAUUGAUGUUACAUCCUAUGAGCCAGAAAUCUUUUCCUCAACUCUAACUUUGUGAAAGCUUGCUCCUGCUGGAACUCAGGAAAGGGAAAAGGUAUUUUGUACAUACUCAGUGGCAUGCAUCUUUCAGGAUAUUGAAUAUGGAGACACAUUCUACUAAAGUGUGCAUGGCAUAUCAUGUGAUUGUGAAUGCGUACGCUGCAAAAAACUUUGCUGAAGCUAAUUUGUUCUAGAUCAGAGCCACUAGAUGGAAGAUGACCUGAAAAUCUGCUCUAGGCUAUGUAGAAUUCCUCUGCAAGUGUGAAACAGUAGCUAUCUGGGGGGGUUUCCCCCUAAAAAUCAUCACAAUAUUUUGGGCAUGAGAGAUAGCAAUAGCAAGUACAUUUCUAUACCGCUUAUAAGUGCACUUAAGCACUCCUUAAGUGGUUUAUAAAGUGUAAGCUAAUUGCCCCCAACAACCUGGGUACUCAUUUUAGCAACCUCCUUGGA